GCCUCAGCCUCAGUGCGGAGCCCUACGCGGUGUGAGGAGAAGCGGCUGCGGGCAGACUGAGGAGAAGCGGCGGCAGCGGCGGCGGCGGCUAGAACCACACCCACGUCUCUGCCCCUGUACUCUUUUGCCCUCUGGCCGUCCCGCCGGAGACCGCAUUCUCGGAAAAGAGCGGCCGCCCACGUCCGGCGCAUCCUCCCCUGACGGACCCAGCGGUAUGAUGCGACUCCGAGGCUCGGCGAUGCUGCGGGACCUGCUCUUGCGCCCGCCCGCUCCCGCCUGCGCGGUUCUGAGGCGGGCGCAGCCCCUCGCCACCCUGUGCCGGCGACCCUUGGGCGGGGGACGAACGGGCCAGGUGGCCGCCGCGCGGCUCUACCCGUGGUGGGGCGGGGGCGGCCGGUCGGCGGGGCCCCUCUCGAGGGGCCUGUCCAGCUCGCCCUCGGAGAUCCUACAGGAGCUGGGCAAGGGGGGCACGCAGCAGCAGCAGCAGCCGCCGCCGCAGCAGCCGCCGCCGCAGCAGCCUGGGGCGUCGCCGCCCGCAGUCCCGCAGGCUCCCGGCCCCAAGGACAGCCCGGGGGAGACGGACGCGUUCUCCAACAACGAGGGCAAGGAGCUGGUGCCUUCAGGCGAAAAUAAAAUAAAACAGGGUCUGUUACCUAGUUUGGAAGAUUUGCUGUUCUAUACAAUUGCAGAAGGACAAGAGAAAAUACCUGUUCAUAAAUUUAUUACAGCACUCAAAUCUACAGGAUUGCGAACGUCUGACCCCAGGUUGAAAGAGUGUAUGGAUAUGUUAAGAUUAACUCUUCAAACAACAUCAGAUGGUGUCAUGCUAGACAAAGAUCUUUUUAAAAAAUGUGUUCAAAGCAACAUUGUUUUGUUGACACAAGCCUUUAGAAGAAAGUUUGUCAUUCCUGACUUUAUGUCUUUUACUUCACAUAUUGAUGAAUUAUAUGAGAGUGCUAAAAAGCAGUCUGGAGGAAAGGUUGCAGAUUAUAUUCCUCAACUAGCCAAGUUCAGCCCCGAUUUGUGGGGUGUAUCUGUUUGUACAGUAGAUGGACAGAGGCAUUCUGUUGGAGACACCAAAGUUCCAUUUUGUCUUCAGUCCUGUGUAAAACCUUUGAAAUAUGCCAUUGCUGUUAAUGACCUUGGAACAGAAUAUGUGCAUCGAUACGUUGGGAAAGAGCCAAGUGGAUUAAGGUUCAACAAACUGUUUUUAAAUGAAGAUGAUAAACCACACAAUCCUAUGGUAAAUGCUGGAGCAAUUGUUGUGACUUCAUUAAUAAAGCAAGGAGUGAAUAAUGCUGAAAAAUUUGACUAUGUAAUGCAGUUUUUGAAUAAGAUGGCUGGUAAUGAAUAUGUUGGAUUCAGUAAUGCAACGUUUCAGUCUGAAAGAGAAAGUGGAGAUCGAAAUUUUGCAAUAGGAUAUUACUUAAAGGAAAAAAAGUGUUUCCCAGAAGGCACAGACAUGGUUGGUAUAUUGGACUUCUAUUUCCAGCUAUGCUCCAUUGAAGUAACUUGUGAGUCAGCUAGUGUGAUGGCAGCAACACUGGCUAAUGGUGGCUUCUGCCCAAUCACUGGUGAAAGAGUACUGAGUCCUGAAGCAGUUCGAAAUACACUCAGUUUGAUGCAUUCCUGUGGCAUGUAUGAUUUCUCAGGACAGUUUGCUUUCCAUGUUGGUCUUCCUGCAAAAUCUGGAGUCGCUGGGGGCAUUCUUUUAGUUGUCCCCAAUGUCAUGGGCAUGAUGUGCUGGUCUCCUCCUCUGGACAAGAUGGGCAACAGUGUUAAGGGAAUUCACUUCUGUCAUGAUCUUGUUUCUCUAUGUAAUUUCCAUAACUAUGAUAAUUUGAGACACUUUGCUAAAAAACUUGAUCCACGAAGAGAAGGUGGUGAUCAGAGGGUAAAGUCAGUGAUAAACCUUUUGUUUGCUGCAUAUACUGGAGAUGUGUCUGCACUUCGAAGGUUUGCUUUGUCAGCCAUGGACAUGGAACAGCGAGACUACGAUUCUAGAACGGCACUCCACGUAGCUGCUGCGGAGGGUCAUGUUGAAGUUGUUAAAUUUCUCCUGGAAGCCUGCAAAGUAAAUCCUUUCCCCAAGGACAGGUGGAAUAACACUCCCAUGGACGAAGCGCUGCACUUUGGGCACCACGACGUAUUUAAAAUCCUGCAGGAAUACCAAGUCCAGUACACGCCUCAAGGAGAUUCCGACAAUGGAAAGGAGAAUCAAACGGUCCAUAAGAAUCUCGAUGGACUGUUAUAAUAGUCUUAAGCCCAAGAUUUAAAUCACUUACCUAUGUAAUUGUGGAAAAUGAUUAUGAAGAACGUGUGUAUUCCUAUCUGGUAGUGAUGUAUAUUUUACAACAUUGGUCAUUUCAGUGUUACUGGAGUUUCUUCAUUGUGCGCACAGGACAAAUCUGAUCUCUUUGGGAAAAAAUAGAAAUAAAACAAUCUCCCUACAUAAUGUGAGCAAUAUUUACCUCGUGCAUUGUAUAAUUUGAUGUAAAAGAUACAUUUACCAAUGCUAGCUUUACUGUGUGGUCUUCAUGAUUUUUGUGUAUUUUGUGAAUUUUACAGUUUAUGGUGAUCUACUGAUAUGCAUUUAUAAAUUAAACUCUAUUGUACAGUUUGUCCGAAUGGGUCAAGGCUACCUUUAGGCAAGACAGUGUAAUUUUCAUGACUUCAAAUACAGAUUUAGUUUGAGUGAACAACUAUAUGCACUUAUGGUUAUGAGUUUAAAAUGUCCCCCAUCACCCUAGCUUCAUGAUGUGACUCUCAAAAUUAUAAUCGUUAACAACUGUUAGUAGGAUAGACCAAUUCUGAUUAGACCUUAUCAGGGAAUCUGUUUAAGGUAUGUUUGGUGACCAAAACAUAUGUGUGAAUGUAGUUAAAAUAUUUUGGAAAGAAUUUCCUUUUUCUAUAUCCCCUCAGACCAGUUUCUUUUCCAGACGUUUAGCUUUUUGCCUUUCCUUUAGCUGGGAAAGUGGGUGCUGGCAUACUAUGCAGUUUUCAUGUUUUCCACAAUAAAACAGAAAAUGCCUCCUGUAUCUGGCAUCCGAGCUGUAACUAUGCCAUUUGUCUACAGGAGAUGAACCAGAGACAAAUUACUAAGCUAAAUACAAAUUAGUCCCAAUUCAUCAGCCAGUAAAAGGAAGGGAUGUGCUCCGACAGCUCUUUAAGAAGAUAUUUUUCAGCUUUCAGGAUAAAUUCAGACGUGCUCUAAGCUACCAAAGUUAUUAUGAAGGUAUGGGAACUGCUACCAAGAACAUUUGUUUUAAAACCUGUCAUUAAAAGUCUGCAUCAAGGUAUCUAUUCUGUUUAGGGGAUCACUAGACCGCUCCUGUUUUCUCCUGUUUUUCUACUGUAUAUUUUUGGUGGACUUUACAGUUCAAUAAUAAGAAAAGGCUAUUUAAAAUCAAAAUCCAUCAUUUGUCUUGGGGAGAAACUGCACAUAUACAUUAUCCUGUCAUACCUCAGAGGUAUAAAAGGGUAUGUUAAUGAGGAUUUCUGAAAUUAAAUACACACACACAAAUGGACUUCUCUGAAGCUGUGUUUAGUGAAAUGAGUAGAAUCCUCAGCUACGUGAAUGCUGGCUGUUAUGUUAAUAUAACAAAUCCCUUUUUCUUCCCCUUUCUGUCAGCACACACUGCUGCUUCCAGGCUAUAUCAUGCCCAGUGGCUCCAAUCCCACUCCAGCGGCCUCCAAAUGUUUCAAUUACUGCUCCCAGUCUAAUCAGUAACUUCUGCCAUUGUCCCCUUAUUGCCUAGGCAGCACCUCGGCAGGUGGAACAUGGCGAGUGUUCCUUAACAGAGCUGCAUCAGGCACGAUGCCACUGUCAAGUUUGUGCUUCUGUGUGGAGUAUGGUGGGUGGGCGUUCCUGCCCCAUGGGUCUGUCAGACAUGUAGACAGGUAGUAUUUGUAAAAUGCUGCAGAGGAACAGCAUUAUUCCCAAAGAUAUCAUGGGGUAGACACUCUGUAAUCGAAAUGAUUUGAAAUAAUUGCUCCAACAGCAGCCUGCUCUGUGUGAAUUAAAUGAAACAUUAAGAUAGUUCAGUUACGUGACUUGAAGACUGCCAAUGAUUUUGAGAAUUUUUGUUCUGUUACUUGGGAACAAAGCGUUUUCAUCUUCUCAGAUCAAGACUAUUCUGUGCAAUCUUUGUGGUUUAGUUAAAUGUGCCCUUAUUUACCCAUGAUGUUAUUUAUGACUGUAGACUGGGUCUUGCUCUGCUAUUUGCUAUUGGCUGGUAAUAAUAAUGAACACGUUUCACUUAAAUGCUUUUAACUCUGCUGUUAAGUGCUGCCAUCAGUAUGCUCCAAAGAUCUUUUUAUUCUGGCUUUAGGAUCAUAUGUGCUUUUUCAGUACCACAGAGCUCUAUAUGGUGGUGUUUCUUUAAAGCUUGUAUACACUGUUGUUUUUGCUGGUCUCCGUUCUAAUGAUCUCAUCUCUUGAGUGUAAUGUGCUGUACCCCACUGCUGCCCAUCCUGCCCUUCAGCUGCAGAACUAGAUCAGCUAUUGACCAUUUGAUGCUGUUAUCUGCCUGGCAGGAAUUGAAUGACCUGAUGCUGGAUUUAGGUUCUUUCUGGGGAUUGUACAGUUAUGAAUGUAUUUGCUUCCAGAACCUCCCAAAGUGAAUCUAAUCUUAAAACUGUAAGUUGUAAGUAUUCUGAAAUUGGAAAAUAUUUAUUUUAAUUGAAAUCAGGUAGUGUUGCUUUUUACAGCUUAAUAAAUACAUGUAUCAAAAAAACCAAAAA